CUCUUCUCUGUCCCAGCAAAAGCCCCUGUGUCCUGCCAGGUUUACGACACGGCUUGCCAAGAGUGUCUUGCCGAGGUGUCUGUUUGAGGCCACCUCUUCCCCUACCUGGCUCUUCCUCUUGGCUUUGCAGCUGGAGAAGCAUGUUGAGCGUCUCCGUGAGGAGCUGGACCGGGAACGGAAAGAGCGCAACUAUUUCCAGCUCGAGCGUGACAAGAUCCACAAUUUAUGGGAGAUCACCUGCCGGCAGCUGGAGGACAAGAAAGCAGAGCUGCGUAAAAAGGACUUGGAGAUGGAAGAUUUGGACAAGCGGCAUAAAGCGGAGAUCAAGGUGCGAGGGGAGGAGGCUGGGAGGUGUUGUGAGUGCCCCGAGCUCUGGGUGAGCCUUGGGCAGCUCUGAGGAGAUUGAGGGAAAGGGGUAGAGGAGGAGAAGCUGGCUGGAUUGCAAGCCAGGAGCAUCUUGACCAAUACCCCAGCCCCGAGUGUCUUCGUGCUGAAGCCACUCACCCGCUCUUGUGGCUUGUCUUUAGGCUUACAAGCAGAAGACGAGGCACUUGCUUUACGAAAACCAGGAAAACCUCACUGAGCUGAAGGCGGAGGGCAUCUUGUCCAUAAAGCAAGCUCAGGAGGAUCACUGGGCCCAGGAGAUGAGGCUGCAGGAAGGCGUGGACACUUUGAAAGCGAAGUUGAGGGAGCAGCAGCUGGCCCACGAGGCGCUUGUGAAAAGCAUGCUCAUGAAGCAAGAAGAGGAGAUCACCCAGCUGCGCCGGGACUUCGAGAAACAAGUGAAAGAGAUCGAGACCAAGUACACAGAGAAGAGGCAAAUCCAGGAGGAUGAGCUUUGUUCACGGGGGAAGUUGGAGAUGUGUGAGGUGGAAGAGAGGAAGAACAUACAUAUUAAUGAGCUGAUGAGGGACCACGAGAAGGCCUUCAAUGAUAUCAAGAACUACUAUGAGGAUAUCAAGCACCAAAACCUGCAGCGCAUCAACUUGCUGAAGGAGGAGAUGGAGAAGAUGAAAAUGAGAGAGAAGCAGUGGAGAAAGGAGAGGGCAGAGUUGCUGUCCCAGAACAAGGAGCUGAAGGAGAUGUUGGAGUCCACGCAGAAGCAGGCGUUUGAGCUGAAGAAGAAGUUGGCCCGCUGUGAGUACGACCAGGAUGCAAAAGGCCAUCUGAAAAUCACCCAGAAGGAACUGAAGGACCUUCAGUGGGAACACGAAGUGCUGGUGCAGAGGUUCAGCAAGGUGCAGGCGGAGCGGGAUGAGCUCUAUCAGAAGUUCACCAAAGCCAUUCAGGAGGUGCAGCAGAAGACAGGCUUCAAGAACCUGCUCCUGGAACGCAAGCUGAGAGGACUUCACAGCAUCCUGGAGGGAAAGGAAGUGGAGCUCAAAGAGGUCUUGGCAGCCUCCAACCUUGACCCAAGCACUCUCUCCUCGGUCUCACGGAAGGUGGAGGAUGUGCUCAAGACCAAGGACACCACCAUCAAGGAGCUGCAGUUCCAGCUGGCCCGAGCCACCAAGGCACACAACGACAUGCUGCAGGUGCUCAAGGGAAAGCUGACAGCCUUUGGCAUCCCCUUGGACAACCUGGGCUUCAAGCCCCUGGAGAGCCCUCAGGUGGGGCAGGGCCCUGCGGGACUCGUUUCUGUCCCCAACGUAUGCCAACGAACACCAAGGGACCAACUGCACCGGGCAGAGAGCUGGACUCUGCCCCCUUUGCACUUCGUGCCAUCACGCAAACGCCAGUAAGCAUUCAGGAGUACCUGGAGGACCCCUUCUCUUCUUCCUGGUGGACCUUUUCCUCAGGAGCAGCCCCCAGCAGACCCCCUCACUCCUGGACAUCGGCCGGCUGGCUGACCAGGACCAGGAAGGACCAUGGCUCAUCCCAGCAUCCCACCCACUGGACCAGCCUCCCCUGCCUCCUGGGCUGCCCUCAGGAAGGCUAUUUUUCAAGACAAACAUGUUGUUUGAAGCUUUAACAGUGUUGGUCUCGUAGUUUCCUCCAGCGACCUCCAUCUCUGGGAAGAGAACGGGCGUUUCCCCUGACUGCCGUUGUAUGUUGUGUAGGAGUAGGGGCUCAUCGAUAAGCUUUGAUGAGAUCCCCUCUCAGUCUUCUCUUUUCUGA